AUGACAAGCUUUCGUCGGGUCGACUCCCGCCCCGCGCCUGCUCCCGGCACACCCGCGCCCGUGGGACAGGAAUUCUACCCCAACCAGCGCAAAUCCCUAGCCGGCAUCGCCCUCCGCGCCUUCUGCCUCGGCGCGGCCUUCCUCACCGGCCUCCUCUCCACCGCCCUCAUCCUCACGACGACCGCCUCCCCGCUCUGGCGCCUCCCCUUCUUCCUCGCCGCCCUCUCCCUCUUCCACUUCCUCGAGUUCUGGACGACCGCCGCCUUCAACACCCCGCAGGCCACCGUCCACGCCUUCCUCCUGACCGCCAACUGGCCCGCCUACGCAAUCGCCCACGCCACCGCCUUCGCAGAGUGCCUUCUCACAAAUGUCCUCUUCAGGGACUCCGUCUGGGCGCCCUUCGGCUCGAGACCGCUGCUCAUGGCCGCGGGCCUGGCCCUAGUCGUCGUCGGGCAGACGGUGCGCUCCAUGGCCAUGAUCACCGCCGGCGAGAGCUUCAACCACACCGUGCAGCACUAUAAGACCGAGUCGCACAAGCUCGUCACCGCCGGCAUCUACGCGUGGUUCAGACACCCGUCCUACUUUGGCUUCUUCUGGUGGGCCAUCGGCACCCAGCUGGUCAUGGGCAACGUCGUGUCCCUGCUCGGCUAUGCGGGCGUGCUGUGGUUCUUCUUCUCCAAGAGGAUACGCCACGAGGAGGAGCUCCUGAUUAGGUUCUUUGGCGACGACUACGUCCAGUACCGCAAGCGCGUCGGGACGUUGAUUCCGUUUUGCGGAUGA